AUGAAAAAGUCUAUUCAGAGUAAAGUCAUAGAUAAGUUGAAAGAUGAUAUGGAAAUAUUAGCUAACAAAUCAGAAUUUGAUGAACUUUUAAAUGUAGAAAAAACAUAUUUUGAAAAUGUUGAAUCUUUUAAUUCAACCUACUUAAAUGGACAAAUGCUGUUCAUGGAAUUUGGUACAAUGUAUUCAAGGAGUAAUAUGGCCACUGUGAAGUCGGUACAUGGUAUAAGAAAGGAUGAUGAUGUCUAUCAAUAUGAAGUACAGUUAAGUUCUAAUGGACCGAUGCGCAUAGGAUGGGCUACUCAGAGGUGUGCUAUUGUUAUUUAUAUUUUUUUUAGUAAUGGUCAAUCACUUGGUGUAAUAUUUGAAGAGUUAUUAAACAAAGAUGACUUGACGUAUUUUCCUACAUUAACUCUUUCCGAUGAAGAAAAUGUAGUUGUUAAUUUGGGUGAAAGACCAUUUAAAUUUCCAGUGUUGAGUUCAAAACCUAUAAUUACCAGCCCGAUAGCCUUAAUAAAUUAUUUCAGACGUCUUGAGAAAAAUAUAAAUUCUCUAAUUGAAAGCCAAAUCAGUCUAAAUAAAAUUAAUGAUGGUUUCUGGUAA